UUCAUAGACAUGCUUGUGGUUGUGGCUAUCAUGAGUCCCUUCCUUAAUAAACGUUGAUGUAGGUCCAAAAGCUAUUCAAUAACCAACAAAACGAUCACACACCAAGAAACUCUUCACUCUCUAAUUCUCAUUUCUCACCAUACAAUUGUUCAAUCUUCCUUUCUUUUUUAUCUUUUCUAGAUUUUCUUUUACAUCAAUUAUCUAUCCAUCUAUCUAUCUACCUUUCAUGCUCUUUCACCACUCCUUUCAAAAAAUCAAUUCCUCUUUCUCUCUCUAUUUCUCUCAACACUCAAGAAGUGAGACACAGAGGAGAGAGUCUUCUUCUCUGUUUUGUCUCCCUGUCUAUAUAAUUCACACAUUGUGUGGAACAGACACAAACACAAUUUGUGUUCUUUUGAUCUUCUUCCUCUUUUGAAAGCUUUGUUUCAGAUAUCAAUGGCGGGGACUGGAAUUUUCACUGAGAUCCUUGACGGAGAAGUCUACAAAUACUACUCUGAUGGAGAGUGGAAAACUUCUUCCUCCGGUAAGAGUGUCGCCAUCGUUAACCCGACCACAAGGAAGACACAGUACAAGGUUCAAGCAUGCACACAAGAAGAAGUGAACAAGGUGAUGGAGAUGGCUAAAUCGGCUCAGAAAUCGUGGGCAAAGACUCCUCUUUGGAAAAGAGCUGAGCUUCUUCACAAGGCUGCUGCGAUCCUCAAGGAGAACAAAGCUCCCAUUGCUGAGUCUCUUGUCAAAGAAAUCGCUAAACCCGCCAAAGAUUCUGUUACUGAGGUUGUGAGGUCUGGAGAUUUGAUCUCUUAUUGUGCUGAAGAAGGUGUUAGAAUCUUAGGUGAAGGGAAGUUUCUGCUCUCUGAUAGCUUCCCUGGUAAUGAACGUACUAAGUACUGUCUCACUUCCAAGAUUCCACUCGGUGUGGUUUUAGCUAUUCCUCCAUUCAAUUAUCCAGUCAAUCUCGCUGUAUCGAAGAUCGCUCCUGCUUUGAUCGCAGGAAACUCCCUUGUCCUCAAGCCUCCAACUCAAGGAGCCGUUUCUUGCCUUCAUAUGGUGCAUUGCUUUCACUUAGCCGGUUUCCCAAAAGGUCUUAUCAGCUGCAUCACCGGAAAAGGCUCUGAGAUCGGAGAUUUCCUCACUAUGCACCCUGCUGUUAACUGCAUUAGUUUCACUGGCGGUGAUACCGGAAUCUCAAUCUCCAAGAAAGCUGGUAUGAUUCCUCUUCAAAUGGAACUUGGAGGAAAAGAUGCAUGCAUUGUCUUGGAGGAUGCUGAUCUUGAUUUAGUCGCUUCUAACAUCAUCAAAGGAGGAUUCUCCUACAGUGGGCAGAGAUGUACUGCGGUUAAGGUGGUCCUAGUGAUGGAAUCAGUGGCGGAUGAGCUUGUUGAGAAAGUGAAAGCUAAAGUGGCAAAACUCACGGUUGGACCGCCGGAGGAGAACUGCGAUAUCACGGCAGUGGUGUCGGAAUCUUCAGCUAAUUUCAUUGAAGGAUUGGUGAUGGAUGCUAAGGAGAAAGGAGCAACGUUUUGCCAAGAGUACAAAAGAGAUGGUAACUUGAUUUGGCCGUUGCUUUUGGACAAUGUUAGACCGGACAUGAGGAUCGCUUGGGAGGAACCGUUUGGUCCGGUCUUGCCCGUCUUGAGGAUCAAUUCUGUUGAAGAAGGCAUUAAUCAUUGCAAUGCUAGUAACUUUGGCCUCCAGGGAUGUGUGUUCACUAAGGACAUUAACAAGGCAAUGCUGAUCAGUGAUGCAAUGGAGACUGGAACCGUUCAGAUCAACUCUGCGCCAGCUCGUGGACCGGACCACUUCCCUUUCCAGGGACUUAAGGACAGUGGAAUAGGGUCACAAGGUGUGACAAAUAGCAUCAAUUUGAUGACCAAAGUGAAGACCACUGUCAUUAACUUGCCUACACCUUCUUACUCUAUGGGUUAGUUUCCAUUUUCUGUUCUGCAUCUUAGAAUCAAAUCAUUCGACUCUGGUUUGUAUCGGAUUGAAUCAAAAACUAUGAAUAAAAAGGAGUGAUUAGCGUAACAAUUAUGGUUUGUAAUCUGUGUGUAAUCAAUAAAAGGAUAUUCUGUUGAUUAGUAGUAAUAAUAUAUAAAUGUCAUGCAAAAAAAUCUGAAAGUUGUGUGACUGUGUUGUGUUGAUUGUGUUGUGUUAUAUAAUAACAGGAGACGGUUUCAUCUCACGAUUGUGAUUGAAGCACAAGCAUCCUUUUGAUGAUGAGUCUUUGGACUUUAUCAUUUGUUUUUUUCUUUUUCGUCUUGAAAUAAUCAUUUGACAUUAAAUCUCAUCGAUUUCUCCGAUGGAAUAUUUCGAAAAAAUAGGAAUGAAAAUGAUGUCGAAUUUAUUACAAAAAAUAUAUUCGUUCAACUUCAGAUGGUGUCGAAAGUACAAAUUUUCAAAUGAAUACUUUUUUUAUGUACUGCGGUAAAUAA